CCCAACACCUCCACUUUCUAUUGGCUGCACCAGUACUGGGACGAGCCGUCCGACCCGCGCACCAGAAACUACUUCUUAGUGCACCCGUCCAUGAUAUCUAUGGCCCUAUUGAUGAUUGUAUACAUGCUUUUAGUGGUGGUUAUCAUACCCGGAUUCAUGAGGAAUCGCAAACCCUUUAACCUGAAGGGCCUUAUCAUCGGUUACGACGUGUUAAUGGUGCUUAUCAACGGCUACUUCUUCGCCAAGACAUUGCAGAUCAGUUGCUUUGGUCUGGAAAUGUGGAACUUUAAGAAUACGAAAGGAGAUACCUCUCCAAAGGCCAUGGAGUUUAUCGACACGGCCUACUACUACUACCUGUCCAAACUGGUGGAUAUGGUGGACACGUUUUUCAUGGCUUUCCGUAAGAAGAACUCUCACAUCUCGUUCCUACACGUGUGGCACCACAUCUCCCUGCCCUCCGCCGGCUGGAUGUUCAUGAAAUACAAUCCAUAUAUGCCGACGAUAUGCAUAAUCCCUAUAAUAAACACCUUUAUUCACGUCAUAAUGUACUCCUACUAUGCUUUGGCCGCAUUGGGACCCCAGUACCAGAAGUACUUGUGGUGGAAGCGCUACAUCACCCAAAUCCAACUGAUCCAGUUCCUGUGUGUCAUGAGCUGGUUCGUGGUAGUCUACUAUAAGCAAACAGACCUACCCAUUGGCUACAUGGCCUGUAACUUCGGGAACGCCGUCUUUUUAUACGUACUGUUCGCCGGUUUCUACCGGAGCUCCUAUAAGCAGAAAGUCGCGCAAACGGCGACUAAAACACACAAAACACUCAAAACUCAAUGAUAUGUUAUAUUCAACACUAUUUGCCAAUACUUUUGUCUCAAACGUUGCCAUUUAUCUUACGAAAC